CUGUUGCUGUCUCCUCUUUCUUUAUCUCGCAUCCCUGUCACGCACCAUUCGGAUCGUGACAAAGGCAGUGCAGAGCAAGCAUCGCCAUCCCCUGUCUCCCUCUACCCGUCGAUCCAAACUUCGGCGAGAUCUAAAAACUGCCGAGAUUUCCCAUCUCACACCACCUACUUUCCCGAACCCUCGACGUCUUCUUCUCACACACAUCCCGCAAGAUGGCGGUCCACGAGGAUGCCGAGAAGGGCGCCGCCGGCUACAAUUCCAACAGCAGCGGCGAGCACAUUGACGACAACCGCCUCAAGCCGGAGCUCACUCAUGAUUCCGUCUUGGGCAUGCAGUCGCAUGGACAUCCCGGAGAUGGCGUGGACAACCCUUAUGUCCACCAACAUAUGGAUAUGCAACUCUUCACCUCGCUAACCGCCAUGUCCUUCCUCUGGAUUGGCUCGCAAAUCCCUCUAUUCCUCUUCGGCUCCGUCCUCGUCGACAUCUACGGCGAGAUUGGUGGUGCCGGUGGACGCUGGCUGUGGAUGGUUAUUGGAUACCUCAUUCCCAAUGCCGCUCUGUGCCCCUUCGUCGGUGCUCUCUCCGAUCUAUUCGGUCGUCGCUGGGUUGCUGCGGUCGGUCAAAUCGCUCUCAUUGUGGGCCCAAUCGUUGUCGCCACCUCCCACGACAUCAACACCGCUAUCGGUGGCCAGGUCAUCUCCGGAUUCGGCGCUGGAUUGAACGAACUCAUCGCUCUCGCCGGAACCUCCGAGCUCGUGCCCGUCCGCAAGCGUUCUGCCUAUGUCGGAGCCGUGGUCUUCACCAUCCUCCCAUUCUGCCCGUCUCCCAUGUGGGCGCAGCUCAUCGCAAAGGCCUCCAACUGGCGCUACGUCGGAAUCCUCGUCGGUGUCUGGAAUUUCAUCGGUCUCAUUCUGGUUGCUUUCCUCUACAAGGACCCAGCCGCCAUGUACAAGUCCAAGCGCCCGGCAAAGGACGUCCUCCGCGAGAUUGAUUACAUCGGUGGUCUCCUCUCCAUUUUCGGCAUCACCUGCUUCAUGAUGGGUAUUCAGUGGGGUGCUUCCCAGUACUCCUGGGGCUCUGCCCACGUCCUCGUACCCUUCAUCCUCGGAGUGAUCCUCAUCAUCUCCUUCUUCGUGUGGGAGCUCAAGUUUGCACGCUUCCCCAUGUGUCCCAAGGGUCUCUUCCGCAAGGAUAAGCAGUCCAUGAUUGUCAUCUUCCUGAUUACCUUCCUCUCCGGCGCCAACUUCUUCGUGCUCCUCCUCUUCUGGCCAACUCAGGUGUAUAACAUGUACGGCAACGACCCCAUCGGCAUUGGCAUUCGCACACUCCCCAUUGGCUUUGGCAUUAUUGGCGGUGCCGUCAUCGGUCUGGUCAUGAUUGGUGUCACCAAGGGCCGCACCAAGGCUCUCCUCAUCUUCUGGACCGUCUGCAUGACUGCCUUCACCGGUGCCAUCUCCGUCGCCACCACCAAGAACCUGACACCCACGGUUUACCCGCUUGUGACCCUUGCUUCCAUCGCCGUCGGAGCUGUCAUCAUUCCCUGCUCCAUCAUCGCGCAGGUCAUCUGCCCGACCGAGUUCAUCGGAACUGUUACCGCCAUCACUCUCGCUAUUCGCUACGUGGGUGGUGCCAUCGGCUUCACGGUCUACUACAACGUCUUCUUCUCCAAGCUGAAGCACAACUACCUGCCAAAGCUUGCUCCAAGCGUCCUGACCAUGGGCCUGUCUGUCAAGAUUGUCAGCAUCGACCAGGUCACUGCAGAGCUCACUCGCUAUUUCACCAUGGCGGCGCAGGGUCAAUUCAAGGCCUUGGAGACUGCUAUUCGCACAGAGGACUUUAUCAACCCCUCCAGCAAGGACACUGCAUACGACAUCAUCAUCGGCGUCACGCAAGAGGCCUUCGCAAAGGCUUACCGCUGGCCAUACUGGAUCUCCAUCGCUUUCGGUGGUGCUUGCAUCAUUUUGGCGCUCUUCAUGAGAGAUAUCCGCCAGCACUUGUAGAGAAGUGAGGAUGCUUCUCUUUUUCGUAUCGUUGUUGGGAGUGCUGAAAUAUGUGAGGACUAGAAAAGGCUCCGCUCUGUGACGAAAUGCAGGCGGGCCGCGAAUUGUACAGCUUUCCGCUCGCAAGGUGCUUGCUCUGGAAUCAGUAAGGAGCAGAGAAGAGUGCCGCAUCCUCCCGCGGGAAGAUGCAGGUGGAUGUCGGGGGAAAGAGAUCGAGACAACUGCUGCUAUAUACGCCAGAAAUGAUUUUACAAAUUG